AUGAGUAACGAGCAUUGUAUUGAUGAGGCAAAGGCAUUUACAGUAUAAGCCUUGGCUGAUAACACUCCUUACAAAAAUAUCAAUCGUCAAGGCUUGAAUUAAACAUAAACGCCAUUCUCCUAGAAAGACACUCUCCCUAACACCCUAGUUAAAGAAUUCUAAUUCGAUCAAGAUACUAACUGUAUGAUAAGUUAAUUUGACAGUGACAAUGCUGAUAUUGAAGAUAAGUCUCCAAAACAUACUCUAUAAUAUUUGUCCAAACUUGAUUAAGGGUCAGAUUAUUCUCCAAAUGUCGGCAGCUUUAACACUCGUAAUGAUUCUGGUGACCAAGAGUAUUCACUUCAUCAAAUCGAUGUCAUUAACCUAGUUUCUGAUUAUACUAAUAUAACUCAGUAAACUUUUGCAUAUCCAAGCUAAAAGCAUUGCAAUUUAUUAAAGAAUCAGUCUCAUCAGAACUCUGUGAUUUUUGAGAAUAUUUUUGGUAGAAAGCAGAAUUAUGUACAAAACUCCAAAUUUAACUAUCAAUAACCCAUCGAAUCAAAAGUUUCAAUUCAGAACAAUUAAUUGAAAGGCAUCGACGAUCUCUUAGAACAACUAAAGAAUGUGGAGCAAAUCGUCGUGGAAUCUGUAGAUAACCAUAAUUAGAUGGUUCAAACCAAAAUAGAACCAUCUUACUUGCUUAUUGGGAGCAAGAAGCGAGUAAAUCCAACUUAGUCAGUAUGCUCAGCAGAGAACUCAUGCAAAGCCUAGAGCAAGAAUUGCAAUUUAAUUUUAGAAAAUCCUCUUUCUAACGCUUAGGAUGAUGUCGAGAUCAAACCUAAUUAAUACCCUAGUAAUAUUGGAUAGAAAAGGACUUUCCCAAACAUGACGCUCAAUGAUAAUUGUAUAGAGGAAUAAAGCAAUUUGAACAUGAUCCCCUGUUCUUAAGAGGGCUGUUCAAAGUCUUACACAAAUAAGAAUGGUCUUGACAAUCACAAACGAAUUAAACAUAAUUUGGGAAAACCAAAAUAUAUUUGUGAAUACGAUGGUUGUAACAAACCCUACUUUGACAAAACAAGUUAUUAUAACCAUUGUAACUCUCAUGAAGGACGUAAAAAUUAUGCUUGUACAUAAUGUGACAAAAGAUAUACUACUAAUGGACAUCUUAAAGACCAUGUUAAAAGUUUCCAUGAUAAAAUUAAAAAUUUUGAAUGUACCUUCCAGGAUUGCACUGACAAAUUUGCCAGAAAAAGUGUACUAAAAGUCCAUAUGAGAAAGCAUGACAAUGAUAAGCCCUACAAAUGUGACAAGUGCAGCAAAUGCUUUACUGAGUCAGGAAAUUUGAAAGUCCACAAAUAAACUCAUGAUAAGCAUAUUGAAUCUAUACACAUUUUAUCUUAAGAUGAUUUGAAAUCCCUUAAUAUUUCAAAAGAAGACAUUGAUACCAGAAUUUGUCAACUUUAAUCGAAUAAAAAGUAAAUUCAAGUUUCAGAUUAAAAGCAAGAUUAAUUAUCACUCCAAGUGCAGAAUCUGUGUAAGAAAGUAUCCCUAGAAUAACUGGAAAAAAGAACCAAGAUACAAAAGAAAAUGUAAAGUAAAAAGCAGUAAAAUAAUGAAAAUAUACUAAGAGAGCUUUAAGCUAUUGACCCUACUAGAAAGGAAAAUGACAUUGAAACUCAGAGUAACAACAACUCUUUAUUUGAAAAUGAACAAUUUCUUAAGAGAUUAAAAUUGGAGUGA